UCUGCGUGCGUAUAUACGAGAUCGACGAAGAUGUUGACGAUUAAGAGGGUCCCCACCGUGGUCUCCAACUACCGGGAGGACGCCCCCGCCGAGGCCGCCGGAUGCGGCCGCAACUGCCUCGGCAAGUGCUGCUUGCCCGUCUCAAAGCUUCCGCUUUAUGCGUUCAAGGAGGAUCCGAGGUCGCUUAUAUCGUCGUCUUCUUCCUCCCCUGGCGAGGACGAGGCUCCCCCCGCCGACUUCUUCCUCCACACCCUCUUGCUUGGGCAGUGGGAAGAUAGGAUGAGCCGCGGUCUGUUCCGCUACGACGUGACUGCAUGCGAGACCAAAGUGAUUCCUGGUGAGCACGGGUUCAUCGCACAGCUGAACGAGGGCCGCCACCUCAAGAAGCGGCCCACUGAAUUCCGUGUCGAUUGUGUUCUUCAGCCCUUUGAUCCUGCCAAGUUUAACUUCACCAAGGUGGGCCAGGAGGAAGUGCUUUUCCGAUUCGAGGCCAGCGGAAGCCACAAGUCAUCCUUCUCCGAGCGAGCUCCCGUUGAUGGAACUAAGGCCCCUAAUGUCCUUGCGAUUAAUGUGAGUCCAAUUGAGUAUGGCCAUGUUCUGCUGAUCCCCCGCGUGCUCGACUGUCUGCCUCAGAGAAUCGAUCCUGAGAGCUUCUUGCUUGCGUUCCACAUGGCGGCUGAAGCAGCAAGCCCUUACUUCAGGCUCGGCUACAACAGCUUGGGUGCCUUUGCCACCAUCAACCACCUUCACUUCCAGGCGUAUUACUUGGCCGUGCCUUUUCCAGUUGAGAAGGCGCCCACCCAGAAAAUUCCUCUGGUUGAGGGUGAAUCUAAGAGUGGUGUGAAGGUCUCAAAGUUGCUGAAUUAUCCUGUGAGAGGAUUGGUGUAUGAAGGAGGAAACACCUUGAAGGAGUUAUCUGAUGUUGUAGCCAAUGCUUGCAUCUGCCUUCAAGACAAUAAUAUUCCAUUUAAUGUGCUUAUCUCUGAUGCAGGCAGAAGGAUCUUCCUCUUCCCACAGUGCUACGCGGAGAAGCAGGCCCUGGGGGAGGUGAGCCAGGAGCUUUUGGACACUCAGGUGAAUCCUGCUGUUUGGGAGAUCAGUGGCCACAUGGUGCUGAAGCGAAAGAAAGAUUAUGAAGAGGCAUCCGAAAGCUACGCAUGGAGGCUCUUAGCUGAGGUCUCCCUUUCUGAGGAGAGGUUCCAAGAAGUCAAGGCAUAUAUAUUCGAAGCUACGGGUCUUGUGGAAGCCGAAGACAAGGAAGUCGGUAAGAAAGAAAGUGAAGAAGCUUCUUGUCAGUCCACCCCUGUCGGUCCCCCUCAUUUCCCAGAAGGCUGUUUGGUUCUUCACUGAAGAAGAUGGCCUUUCACAUUUAUAAUAUGAUUGCUAUUUCUAGUUGUGGCUCUCGUAUGAAUAAGUGCCGUAGUACUUUUGUAGUACUUUUGUGUGCACUUGGUGAACUUGUUACUCUCUAGUCUUCUCCGCCCUAUGGGUUUCCUGAGCCUAUGAGUCUUUGGCUUGUAUGCGCAUACUAUAUGUAAUGGAUGCUUUUAGAAACCAGUGUGUUGUUUAGUUUCUAUGUGUUUAAGCAGAUUGAUUCGAACACUCCAAUGUGAUCUCAGGAAAUAAAACUUGCACGUUACCGACUUU